CCAGCCUUCUACGAACAUUAUUGAGAGCGAAGAUCUGGCUUGGGAACGUUUCCAGACAGCCGUCAAGGACGAGGAUAUAAACAUGUGCUACAACAUGGGCUUGAAGGAAUUUGAACAUUCAGGCGUCCAUGACCUCUUCAAGGCCAUGUCGAAGUUUAUAGCAGCGUCUAGACAGGCAACGGAGCUGGACAAGACGAGAGUCUUGUUGGAGACAAGGAUUCAGGAGGUGAACGCUGACUGUAAGAAAUGGGCUGGGUUUGCUGAAAAAGCUAAGGACGAGGUCAAAGAGCGUAACAAGUUGAUUGAGGAGCUAAGGACGGAUGCAUUGGAGAAGGAGACGCGCAUUGAUCACUUACAACAGAUGAACAAUGAGUUGAAUGCUCGUCUUUCCAAGGCAAGAGAGGACGCUGUGGCUGAGUUCAAGUCGUCCAAAGAGUAUACAGACACUUUGGAUCGUAAUUAUGCAGCUGGUUUUGAAGAUUUCAGAAUGGACGCUGUUGAAAACUUUCCUGAAGUUGACUUCAGCACAAUCAAGCUUAACCUUGCUGCUGCCACAAGCUCUCUCCUCCAGACUGGCUCUGAUGACGUCAACGUGGAAGACGACGCCAGUACUCAGCCUCCUCAGGACGAGCCUGCUGUGAAUGCUCCCCCUUCUUAGGACGAGACUUUAACCUUUGUAACUUUGCUUUUUCUUUCUUUUUGUAACUUUUGUGUUUGGUCCUUUGUUUUUGGACCUUCUUUAUGUAACAAGAAUACAUUAUACUCGUCCAUGGUUUUAGGACGGGUUUUUUAAGUAUACUAUUUCUGCUUUUCAAA